AAACACGCCCGUUACGCGUCUUGUCCAACUCACACCACGUAUCCCUACAUCAACCAGCAACACUCUCCUCUUUCCUUCAAUCCUAGACUCCACACGAAUAUAAACCCUAAUUUCUUGCAAUUCAUUCACCAAUCAAUCGAACCCCAUAUUCAAAUCAAAUUCAAGCAUGUCCUUCCAAAACCCUCACAACCCCAAAAAAUCACUCUACCCAGAAGUCGAUCAAUCCAACCCAGAAGCUGUUUCACAUCUUCUCUCAAACCGUGGCAAGUCCUCUUCAUCACCGUAUCCAUCGAUCGACAUGAAAGAAAUGGCUGAAAAUCUCUUCCCAGAUCACGAAGAACAGAACCCAAAUCUUCAAUCUCAGUCUGAGACCACUUUCGAGUCCUCCGAAGAAAUUCUGAUCAGAAUCCCAGGUUCCAUAGUCCACCUAAUCGACAAGCAACAGAGCGUCGAGCUCGCAAGCGGCGACUUCACCGUCGUUCGUCUCCUGCAGGGCGACAAUGUCGUCGCAGUUCUCGCUCGCAUCGGGGACGAAGUCCAGUGGCCGUUAGCGAAGGACGAGGCCACCGUGAAGCUCGACGAUUCACACUAUUUCUUCACCCUCCAUGUUCCGGCCGGAAAUGGGUCCGACGACGAGAGUGGAACAAAUGUGAAUUCGGAGUCUGAGAAUUUGUUGAAUUACGGAUUAACGAUUGCGUCGAAGGGACAAGAGGGGUUGUUGAAGGAAUUGGAUGGGGUUUUGGAGAAUUACAGUUCGUUUUCGGUGGAGAGGGUUUCGGGGGCGGUGGAGGCGUCCAGGGUGGCGAGGGAGACAUCGCCGGAGGAAAUGGAGGAGUCGGGGAGGAAGAUGGAAUUGAUGGUGGGGAAUUCGGCGGCGUACUGGACGACUCUGGCGCCAAAUGUGGAGGAUUAUAGUGGGAUUGUUGCGAGGAUGAUUGCGGGUGGGUCGGGGCAGCUGAUUAGGGGGAUUUUGUGGUGCGGGGAUGUGACGGCGGAUAGAUUGAGGUGGGGGAAUGAAUUCUUGAAGUUGAGAAUGAAGCCGGGGUCGAAUUCCGAAAUUAGUCCCCAAGCCAUGAGGAGGAUGAAGAGGGUUAAGAAGAUGACAAAGAUGUCAGAGAAUGUGGCAACUGGUAUCCUUUCUGGAGUUGUGAAAGUCUCUGGGUUCUUCACAAGUUCAAUUGUGAACUCCAAAGCGGGAAAGAAAUUCUUUAGCCUCCUUCCCGGAGAAAUUAUUCUUGCGUCCCUGGAUGGAUUUAAUAAGGUCUGUGAUGCUGUUGAAGUUGCUGGAAAGAAUGUGAUGUCAACCACUUCGGUUGUGACCACCGGACUUGUUUCGCAGAGGUAUGGAGAACAGGCAGCAAGUGUGACAAAUGUAGGGUUUGAUGCUGCAGGGCACGCUAUUGGAACCGCUUGGGCCGUGUUCAAGAUAAGAAAGGCUCUCAACCCUAAGAGUGUCGUUAAACCGACAACCCUAGCAAAAGCUGCUGGAGCAAAUUCUAGUAAAUUGAAGGCUAAAGAUGGAAAGUAAUGAAGGAUGGCUUUAUUAUGUUCAAAGUUUUUCUAUGAGUUUGUAAAAGAGCCAAUUUCAUUUGGCACCUGCUCUUAGAUUCAUAAUAUAGGCUUUUUUGGUGUUGUUUCAUUGCAGUUUUCUUUUAGUGUGUGAUUUUGUAUCAAAAUAGGGGUAUACCUAUGCACCCUUCUUGUGUGGUUUUUAAUAGCAUGCCUACGGUUACUUUUUGCAA